UCCCUCCUCACGCAAGAAAACUACCCUUUCCGAAUGGGUGAUGUGAAAACGAAAUUUCUUUAUCUAUCUCUCGAAUAUGCAUAGAAAUAGAAAGGCGUAGUCUGUCUGGGGGUGGGUCUUUUUCAAGAGCACAAUCGUUCACGACGUUACAAGGGAACGCGUCAUGACAAUCAGCGGGGGUUCGAGCACAUAAGUUAAAUAUCUUGUCAGGAAUGUGUCAUGACACCGGUGGUACAUGUAUUAAAACACCCAGGAUGCCAACCACAGUUGAUUCCAUCGUAUGCUUGCGUUGGAAAAUGCACCAGCUAUUUACAGGUAUCAGGGAGCAAAAUUUGGCAAAUGGAACGUUCAUGUAAUUGUUGUCAGGAGUCUGGUGAGCGGGAAGCUACGGUUGAUUUGUAUUGCCCAGAAGCAAAGAAGGAAGAAAAUAGGUACAGGAAGGUGGUUACAAAAGCACCACUUGAAUGCAUGUGUCGUCCUUGUGGUACUAUUGAUUCAAAUGCUAUUAUUCCACAAGAAACGGUUGGGUAUUCUGAAGAGGGACCGCUCCAUAACCACUUCAGGAAAAGCUUUUAAACGAAAACUGCGUAAAUUAUAUUUUGUAUAGACUCAUGCCGGAUUUAUUAUUGUUGUAUUAUUCAGAGACUAUUAAAAGCCUUGACCAAU